UGCUGUCUAGGGAUGUUACUGAUCCCAACAAUAGUGCAGAUGGCCUGAGAAAUGAGCUGAGUGGCAGAAGUGGCCCCUUGACCUGAAAUGGCUCUCCUGCUCCCAGGGGCGGCAGAGUCCAGCUUUCUUCCCCCGCUCCCAGGGGCGACAGAGCCCAGCUUUCUUUCCCACAGCUGCGCUUCCUGUCGAUUGCUUCCUGGCAAGCUCCCAUGUGUGUUUUCUCAGGACCAACAUUUGUAUCACGUGACCGUGAGUUAUUUCUUUUACAGCGAGCAAAAGGCAGUAACGCAGUUUCUUAGGAUUGAGACUGACAUCCACUUCUGGAAGUGAAUUUUUUAUGCACUCGCUUAGCGAGGGGCGGCACUGAAGGAAGCUACAGAUCGGAAAUGCUGGUAAACAAUGUGAAGUGUUUAGCAGAGAAAAGCUUCGAGAUGCCGGAGGAAAGGGAGUCCCCAUGGUCUCCAUCAUGGGAACCCUUCUGUCUCUCCUUUUUAUAACCUUCCAGAAAUGGCAGGCCAUUCAUGACAGAGGCACUUCGGUUCCUUAACAUUAUCUUGUUCCCACUGGGACAAAAUUUACUUCAUGCAAUAGCAAACUAUAGACGCAGUUUCUGGAAUCCUUUGCUUCUAUUGGGGACAGGAGGAUAUCCUGUAGUCUGACGGGGUUCCCGGUGAUGUUUCUUCCUAGAAUGGGAGGAAAGGAAGUCUUUCACAGUCUCCAGGCUUCAAGUGAACCAUAGAAAGGAGGACCAUGUGACCUGCAGGCUGCGAAACCUAGAAUCCCUACCCAAACCAAGGCGGAGGAGGAGCCUAAUAAUGAUGGCUCUCAGCCUAACAGAAGCUGGACCUGGGACCACAGGUAACUUGAUGGAAAGGAUUCUAAAUAUAGCUAAAAUUCUAAAUAUAUCGGGAUAGUUAAGCUUGAGAAUGAAAAUUUUUGGUUGCAGCAGUUGUAUAUACUAAGGUUGGCUAUAAAGUCUUGAGACUGUUCUGUGAUAGGCCCACCCAGCGCUCAAAUGACGUUUGAGUAGCAGCAUCCAGGACGGAAACAUGCUUCCCACGGUGAAAUCUUGACUCGGGUUUAUUUGGGGGAUCUUUUGUGGAGGGCUCUGUCAGCUGACAGUCCCAUUGUAUACAAGAAUGAGCUCGGUCAGGAUCCACUUCAAAGCAAAGGAAGAUGUGUUUCCCGUGAAAGUCUGUGUAAUGCUUCGGAAGUCUCAAGGAAGAGAAGUAAGGGGAAGAUGGAGAGUUGCAUUUGAAGGCUGUAGGUGCAAAAACUCUAGGAUUUGUGAGCUGAGUCGCUCUGGACUACGUUUAAAUACUUAUUUCAUUUAGGCGAAUGCAAAUGAGACAACAUAAAGAUGCCUCCUAUGUCUGAUUUGCAAAGAAAGAGAACAAUACUACAUUCUAAUCUACAAAUCUGUAGUCAGAGAACACACCGACCAAAUAAAAGGACUGCUGCGUUAACACAUUCGCUGUUUACUCUGAAAUGUGUUUGCAUUGUCUGAGAUUCCCAUUUAAUCGAUUGGUCGCCCUCUACUGGUCAGAAGGGCGAGGCUCCAACCGCAGAGAUCACGUGGAGGCCCCACCCACGGUUGACUGUCAGAGCAUUUCUGACUGUCCAAUUGUGCAAAUUUCCGGUGACAAUGAUUGGUGAACACUUGGCUGUGUUUAAAUCGACACAACGAGACCAUUUUAUGUGAAGAGUACUUCCGUUUAUCUAUAUAAGCAUGUUUUGUGAUUGGAAAACCAAAAGGAGAGAUGGACCCCCGCCCCGCCCCAGCUCCACUAUCUCAUUGUCUUUCUGCUGCUGGUAUAUUAUGUAUCACUACUUGGUAGUACUUUAAAACAAAUGUGGAUUUAAAUGAUUUAAAUAUUUCAAAGGCUACAGCCGCUGUUCAGAACGCAGUGUGUAAUGAUUCUCAUCACAGAGAAAUCUGAUCUUGCUAUGGAAUGAAAAAGCCGAAUGUUUGCGAAGGAGCAAUGCACGUUCCCUACCCAGCCAAGGACUUUUUGUAGGGAUGGAAAAGCCUCUUGCAGCAACCAUCCUAGCGCUACUGCAGGAGUCUGGGCGAGAUGGCGGCGGGGCUCCUCCCACCUCUGCGGCAGCAGAGAUCAAUAAUGCAAGGCUCUGCGGCAAACGCGCGCCUCCUUUCUUCCCUGACAGCGACCAUAAGAGCCUUCGGCUGGAACAUUGACCCGUUGCGCCAUCUACCGACCACCAGGGUCUAGUGCAGCUUUGAGCUGGAAAGUCCGGAAACAGCGUGAAAGCUGCAUGGGUGAAGGGAGUUUUCAACACCUAAUCUCAUUUAAGAGGACAAAGAAAAAAUAAGUUUUUUCUAUCUGCCUGUGAAAAAUAACACGAAGGCUUGAAGCUCCCAAUGCCCAUCAUCACAUGAAAUAUAGACUUGUUAGGUUUUUUGCAACAUGUCUUAGGGUUACUAUUGCUGUGAUGAAACACCAUGACCACAAGCAACUCCGGAAGAAAAGGAUUUAUUUAGUUUACAGGUCCAUGACUGUCCAUCGUCGAAGGAAGUCAGGACAAAAAACUAAAGCAGAGCAGCAACCUGGAGCCCAGAGCUGAUGUAAAGGCCACAGAGGAGUGGCAUCUUACCAGCUUGUUCCUUAUGGCUUGCCCAGCUGCUUUCUUACAGCACCCAGGACCACCUGCUCCGGGACGGCACCGCCCACAAUGGACUGGACCUUCCCCAUUAAUCACUAAUUAAGAAAAUGCCCUACAGCCUUGCCCACAGCCCCAUCUUAGGUGUGGACGUUGCUGGCUGCGUGAGUUACUUUUCCGACUGCUGUCAGGAAAUGAACUCACAGCGCAUGUCAAGGGUUCACAUCUGAGGGGGCAGCCCCUCGUGAUGGGGAGUCCCGGGGCAGGAGCCCAGGCUACAGCUCCACUCAAGGAGCAAAGGGCAGUGAACGCCAGUGCUCAACUCCAUCUCACGUGCUCCAAGUCGGAUGCUCCAGACCUGGCUUUGACCCUGAGGCUUGAAGAUUUCCAAAUUACAGUGCAUGCCAUCACGUGUGUUCCCAGGAUUUAUAUCAAACGUGAAUAUGGCUCCUCAAGUUCAUUUGGUCUGGCUCUAACCUUCAAACCCCUACCAAGGGCUGGAUGGCUCCACAAGCUCACCCUCUCUGGCUCUAACCCUCAAACCCCUACCCGAGAACGGACUUUUUUCUAAUGGAUCGGUGUGUACCCUUCCUCCUCACCUUCAAUACCACCACCGCAUACACACGACUUCCUCCUAGUAGAUACCGAACAGCAGCAAUGUAGGAGGCUAAGAUGGUGCCCGGACAAGAGGUCAGUCACCAACUGGGCUUCAGUUACCAACUUUUCUGACUGCACCUGGAUUUUCCACCUCUGCCAGGUGCUUCAGGCUAUGCAUCGUUGUGAAGUUCCUCAUGGAAGUUUGUCCACACAGGAACCUCUGCGGCCAAGUGAAUCUCCUAACACCUCAUGCUGAGCCAAGUCCCAUUGGACUCUUGGUCCCUCUUGAUAUCUAGGAGGAGACCAGGAAAAAGACAUAUACUGAAAACACAGGCAAAUUACCAUGAUACGGGCGACUGUGUGAUGUAUAGACUCUGUGGCGAGGCUGUGGGAUAUGGCAGGGUGACAGAAAGCUUUUGGUCCUGGCCACACACUGGCUUCCAGGGAAGGCAAACAAAGGAGAUAGCAGUGGUACCCAUCCCACAUUGUGACCAGGAGAAUCAGGUGGUUCAUAUACAACACUGAGUGCCAUAGGGAGUCCAGAAAGCCAGGUCAGAUGUUAUGUGUUAUUAUAAUUCAGUCUGCUUUCCCUGAGGGGAGCAUGGCCCUCCCUCAGAGUGUGCUUUCUUUCCAGUAGGUUACCACGCAAUAAUCGCUGUUGCUCUUUCAGACAGGGUGAACAUUGCCUGCUCCAUAGCCAGAGAGAUUGGAGAAGAAGUGAGCUUCUCCUGUGCCAAGCUUGCUGACCAACAUUAAGGUUUCUGACUUUGCCUCUGCAGAGGCGGGUAGACUAGCUGUGAAGAUAUCCUUAGUAAUGGGCUUUGUCCUUUGCUGACAGCGUCCUGUCACUAGAGGCAAACCUAAACCUCCUGCCUGAGCCAUGGGGCAGAAACCCUCUUUACCUGGCAUUGCCUCUGAACUUCGGAAGCCACUUGCUCAGACUCCCCACUGCAAUCUAAGUUAGCUCUUGCCUGUCACUCCUUCUGAGCUCUUUUAUGUCAUGAGCCUUUAUUCAAUUUUUAAUGAUAGAUAUUUUGUGUGUUUAUUUAUUCAAGGUCUGCUCUGCCAAUAGAUUGCAGAGCUCCAGAGGGCAAAGACUAAGAGUGUUUUAUUGACCAAGCACAAUGACUUAGCUUUAACUUUUUAAUCUGUUAAAUGAGGACAGCGAUAGGGCUUUUGUUCACCUCACUGAGCUGUGAAAUUAAAAGAGAUAAUACACGAGAAACAUCCUUGUAACUCACGAAAUGUGCUUCACAUAAUAGAGAUGCUUAGGGCUGUGUCUGUUGGAGGGGACAUCAGAGGCUGAGUGUUUAUGAAUGAGAUCAUAGUGAGAGACUAGAUCCGAAUAGCAAGCACUUGGAAAUGGAUACACGCCGGGACAGCUUUUACUGCAUAAAGCUGAACACAGCAGUUCCAGCCUCUAAAAAUAUCCCAUCACUCAGAACUCUCAGUCAGUGAAAUAGUUAAGCACAGAGAAGUCUGGGGGAGCCGGAGCUGGCAGCGAGUAGCCCAGAGCCUCUCAACCGCAGGAGGUUUUGCUAAUUAGUUCUCCAUUUCCUACUGAGAGGCAAGGACAGACAGACAGCAGUGACAUCCUCCCUGUUCCACAGUGGAGUUCAGAGUAAAGGAAGACAUUUCCAGAAAAAUGGCCGCUGCUGCCAGUUUUCCACAGAGUGAAUGGGAGGAGCAUGAAUCUCUGCAAGACCAAUCGCUGCCAACGAAAGCAGCUUUAUGUCUGAAACAGGGAGUUAGCGCCAGAGAGAUGUCGUUGACUAGCCAGGGAUGAAGAAGUUAUCAAGUCUGGUGGCCAGGAAUCACUGAGCCUGGGGGUUCAAAGGCCAGAUGAUCACUAAACCAGGACAAUCAAAAGAGAAAGAUCAGGCUGGAUCAAAAGCAAGCACAGUCUCUUCUGCUGAGCCACUCUGGGGUUUUGUCUUAAUUCUCAAGGAGCAGGAUACCCCGGGGAUGGUUAGUUUUGAUUAUCAACUUGGCAAGCUCUGGAACCAAUUAUGAAAUAUGUCCUUCCUUGGAUCUGUAGGGGUGUUUUUAGAAAGGAUUAAGGGAGAUGGGAAGACCUACCCUGGAUUUGGGCGGCACUGUCCUGCGGGACAGGGUCCCAGCCUAGAUAAGGAUAAAGCAAACUGAGCUCUGACUUUCAUCUCUGCUUCCCGACUGUGAAUGCAUUGUGAACAGUGGCCUUAUGUUCUUGCCAUGACUUCCCUGCCAUGAUUGACUGUGCCUUCCAAGUGUGAGCCAACAUAAGCCCUUCUUCAAGAUCCAUUUGCCAGACAUUUAACUGAUCCAAGACCUUAGGGUGGCAAAUGAAAAGGGUACUGUGAGGUUUGUAUAAGCUUGGCCCAGAGAGUGGCAUUAUUUGGAGGUGUGGCCUUUUUGGAAUAGGUGGGUCACUGUGGGCAUGGGCUUUAAGACCCUUGUCCUAGCUGUGUGGAAGUCAGUCUUCUCCUGUUUGCCUUGAGAUGCCUGCACCAUGCCUGUUUGGAUACUGCUAUGCUCCCACCUUGAUGAUAAUGGACUGAUCCUCUGAACUGUAAGCCAACCCCAAUUAAAUGUUGUCCUUAUAAGAGUUGCCUUGGUUAUGGUGUCUGUCCACAGCAGUAAACCCCUAACUAAGAAGGGUACCAUCUGGGUGGCCCAGUGCACAUAUAGCUGCAGGCUACUGUGAUGUGUGCAUGCUCAUGUGCUAUUGGCUCUGUGGGAGCACAGCCUCCCAGAGGUCACCGCUGUGGGAGGCCUUACUUAUGUGCUAAAUUCAUGCUCAUAAGGGUGGGAAGAAAGAGGCCCGGACACUGUAGAUCACGUGACAGGCCAAAGGGAGAAGAGCUGUGGGAAGGUAGGUUUCGCCUGCUGGAUCUUCAGGAAGACAAGACUUGGACAGAGAAAGAACAAAGGUUAAAAUGGAUACUCUUAACUCUUGUCCUGGUGACAACACAGGAGGGGACAGGCUGGUGGCCACAUGUGUGUGCACACAUGGUGUGUUUCUGGAGAAAUGGUUCAAAUUCAGAGUAACUUACUUUUUAGAGUUUUAAAGAUUGUUUUAACUGAUACACAAAAACAAAAUUAUAUGUAUUAAUGGGCAUCUUGUAGUGUUUCGUAUGUUAAAAAAAAUUCUCACUCCAAUUUUCUAAUUGGGAAAAUCUAAUUGGGAAAACCUAAUUGGGGAAACCUAGGGUUAAUUUUCUGUUGUCUCCCACAAAACUACAACUGCAGAUAGGAGCCUAGUUUAAGCAAAUGUGCUGUGGGGAGUCUACUUACACCCACUAGGUUAACCCCUUACCAUUGCCCCAGGGGUGAGAUGUGUCGGAGUAUAGGACGACAUGGGGUGGGGGCUGCUCACCAGCUCAGGAAAGGCCUCUAGAAUCUGCUGUUGGUAGGACAUGAAACUCAAGUGACAUGAAAUGGGGAGAGACUGGACCAACACCCGGCAGAGAAAUCAGAGAGACCAAGGGCAAGGUGGGAAAGAUGUCCAAUGCCACCCAACUCCUGGAAGACGGGCUUGGAUCUCAAGAACAGGAUGUCCGUCCUCCCUCAGAGAACAACCUCCACUUGCUCUCGCAGAGUCCCUGUAGGAAGGUGUUGGCCCCUCCUGACGCACACCGUGCAGACCCAAGGAGCUUCUAGAAGUCCAGUGAAAUCCGCAGGGCACUGGGACAGAUCCUCAGACGGAAAGUGCAACCCGGGAGUCUGAAGCCCAGGAGGUGGAGACGUGGUUCCUUGUGCAGGAGACAGGGGAGCUUUGUGCCUGGCGCUUCUCCAUCUCUCCAUCCUCCCGGCAUCAUGCGUAGGCUCCUCUUUUGCACUCUGCUCAUGACUGGGCUGACACAGCUCUGCUGCAGGACACAGGGCAGUGCACCACAAGACUCGACCCCUGGAGGGCGGCCUGGAGCAGCAUUGGAGGUGUAUCAGCGUACAGAGGUCUGCCGCUGGCCCUGCAGAUGCCCCCCGCAGAGGCCCACUUGUCCUCCUGGGGUGAGUUUGGUGAGGGACGGCUGUGGAUGCUGCAAAGUCUGUGCCAAGCAACCAGGGGACACCUGUAACGAAGCCGAGAUCUGCGACCCCCACAAAGGCCUGUACUGUGACUACUCCGGGGACACGCCUAGGUACGAGACAGGCGUGUGCGCAUAUCUUGUGGCAGUUGGAUGUGAGUUCAACAGGGUCUAUUACCAGAAUGGCCAAGUAUUUCAGCCCCACCCACUGUUCAGCUGCCUCUGUGUGAGUGGGGCCAUUGGAUGCACGCCCCUCUUCAUCCCCAAGCUGGCUGGCAGCAACUGUUCUGCAGCUAAAGGAAGAAGGAAGACUGAUCCCCCAAACUGUGGCCGGGGAACCCUGCAGCAGCAGAACUCAGCAAGCUACAAGACAAUGUCAGCUUAUAGGAAUCUCCCACUUACUUGGAGGAAAAAAUGUCUCGUGCAAGCAACCAAGUGGACUCCCUGCUCCAGAACGUGCGGAAUGGGAAUUUCUAACCGGGUAACCAACGAUAACGCCAACUGUGAAAUGAGAAAGGAGAGGAGGCUGUGCUACAUCCAGCCCUGCAGCAGGAACACAUCACAGGCAGUGAAGAUCCCCAGAGGAGAAACAUGUCAACCCACUUUCCAACUCCCCAAAGCUGAAAAAUUUGUUUUUUCUGGAUGCUCAAGCACUCAGAGUUACAGACCCACUUUCUGUGGAAUAUGCCUGGACAAGAGAUGCUGUGUCCCCAACAAAUCUAAAAUGAUUACUGUUAGGUUUGACUGCCCCAGUGAAGGGUCAUUUAAGUGGCAGAUGCUGUGGGUCACAUCUUGUGUGUGUCAGAGGGACUGCAGAGAACCAGGAGAUAUAUUUUCUGAGCUCAGGAUUCUAUAGAGCCAAACAGGGAGGCAAGGUUAAGGCUAAGUCAUUCAUGCCAUAAGGAAAACCCUGACGUAGCUACACAAGGGCGAAAAGCUUACUUAAGGGACUUAACACAGAGAUAGUGACCAUUCUUAGCUUGCUAUAUUUGUGACAAGAGAAGAUUCUAAAACAUAUACUAAUAAAACAAAAACGAAUGCUUGAAGAAUUUUAAA